AUAAAAAAUAUUUAACCUUCAGUUGAAUCGCUUUUGAAUAAUAAUAUGUAAAUCUUGUUAGGUUUGAUGAUUAAUGUAUUUCGAGAAAGCGCGGAAGAGCUUUAUUUGCCAAGAGGAUGUAUGCUUUUCUACGGGACUUUCUAAGGGAUAAUGCGCUUGUACGAAGACGCGAAAGUUACCUCGGAGCCAGUUCUUUCGCUUGCAUUUUGAGUCCGAAUGAAAUUGCUAGUCUUUAACGAUGUUACUUCUUGCCCGCUGGUUGGUUUUAUAUAAAUCUUAAAUACUUAUACAUAAGCUAAUUAUCCCUUGAAAUGAGUAAUAUUUAUAUAAUGCUAAUAAAACAGUACAUUUCAUUAGCUUCAUUUACUUAUUAGACGAGAAAAAUAUUAAAAAGAGCAAACUUUGUUCAAUUUCUGAUAUAAACGGCUGCAAUCCGUUAACGCCUAUCUUGACUUUCGGUUUAAGUUUGGUUUUGAAGAUAAUGUUUCCGUUGUGAGCUGCUACUAUCAAAGGCUAGUACUGAUAAGCAGUCGAGUGUAUGAACUUGAGAGAUAAGUGGUAUUUUCUGACUAAGUGGUCUACUAUGCUGAAUAUGCACACAGCAUGCAAAGCAAGUUAGUGUUUUAAACAAUUAUGCUGCAGAAAGCAUGCAAUAUAGAUAGAUAACUAUUAGGCUGCUUGUCGCAUGAGAGGAUAGUUUUGAAAGAAACGAUAUAGCACAUGCACAUUCGGGUGACAUGACAUGACUCAGGUUCUUCUGCUGAGGAAAUGGAAAUUCUGCUGGAAACAAAACAUUUUUGAAAUCUUGUAAAAAUGGCGUCGGUUAGCUCGCAUGAUGAAACGUUAGAUAAUGAACUAUACAAUACUUUACUGAAUUACAUUUUAACUGCGGAGGAUAUAAAGAAGUGGGGUUUUCCUUAUAAGCAUCCUACUAAACCAGGGAGAGUAACGUAUAACCCUUUAAAAUGCUAUAACUUGUCUUCUGAUCCGGCGAAGCAAGUCUGCCGCUGUGGGAAGAAGGUGUCGCUUCUAAAGGAAGACUGGUACAUAGAUCCUAAUGGAUGUGAUUACAUUCCUAAAGGGCUUAAACGUAAAAAGAAAAAAAAUAACAAAGCAAACAAUAAUGCAAAUCCUCCAUCCGAAUUUUUCAAAAGUGAGUAUCAUGUUUGUUGCUAUCAUUCGUUACUAGAACAUGAAUUUGUCAAAGCAUCCAGAAAAAAGGAAAAUGUCUCUGUUAAUAUUAAUGCAUUUGCUUUGGAUACUGAAAUGGUGUACACCACAAAAGGACUAGAGGUUGCUAAAGUCACAGUGUUAUCAUUUCCUUGUUGCUCUGUGGUAUACAAUACAUAUGUCAGACCUAAGAAUAUCAUAACGGAUUACAAUACAAUGUAUAGUGGAAUAAGGCUUGAAGACCUUGCAGGAAUAACAACGACAAUAGAAGAUGUACAAGAAACACUAUUAUCUCUGUUUGACAAAGAUAGCAUAAUAAUAGGUCAUGGCUUAGAAAACGAUUUAUUAGGUCUCUAUUUUCUGCACGAGAAGAUAAUAGACACAUCAAUUUUGAUACCUCAUAAGAAGGGUUUUCCUUACAGACAAUCUUUAAAGCGACUUGCAUGGAAAUGUUUGAAUAAAUCGAUACAUAAUCCUUCUAAUGCACAUGAUAGUAUUGAAGAUGCGCAAAUAUGUGUUCAACUCGUGCUGUGGAAAAUGAAUACAGAAUCUAAAAGGUCUAAAAAGAAACGUUCGCGCCAUGCAAAGAAGAAAGAUGUGAUGACAGCUAAAGAAGAAACUGUGAAAAAUAGUGAAAUCAAGUUUGAAAAAUAGUAUUGUGAAUUAUUAAAAUCGCUCCAAAACAUUUAUUUUUUCAGCUCAAACGUUAUUCAAGAAGUCGUAAAAAGGAUACAUAAUGUGCAAACUGAGGAAAUAAUACAACUUUCAUGUAUAAUGGAUUAUACAGUUCUAUAGUGCGAAGUUUUAGAAAGCUAUUAUAAAAACGAUUAUUUGAAAAGAGAAAAAGAAAUGUAGGAAAUUAACACCAAUGAACAGUUCCAAGUUUUUGAGAAUUUGGAAAACAGUCAACAUCCACGCACAACGAUCAUGAAUUAUUUGUAAAAAUAGCUUCGAUGCAAAUUCAUCAUUUUCCAUCGUGCAAAGUAUCUCUUUCAUUAGUCAAGACAUUUUAUAUUUUAUAAUAUUCAUUAUAAAUGCAUUAAUAUAUUUUAUGCUAUAUUUUUAACAGCUUUGAUUAAUGAUUAAUGUUAUGCGAAAGCAUAAAGCAAGAAUGAAAAUUUUGAAUAAUUUAUAAUUGAAUAAAAUUUGAUUCUUUAUAAUAGA